AUGUCCCAUGAAGAAAGCGCACAGAUGAAUGGUAUGAAGAAACAAGGUGAGUAUCUUGAUGGCGAUUCUAAAAAGACGGGAAGAAACAGUAGUGAUAAUGCGGAGGAAACCUCAAAUAAACUACGAAUAAAUGAUGGUGGCGGCAAUGGAGCAGGAAAAGGAGAGUCAGUCGAAAGAAAUGAUGAUGAAGGAAAAGAGCUUGCUCGAGAGGAUAUCUGCAGAGAUUUCUUGAAUAAUAUGUGCAAUCGUGGCUCAAGAUGUAAAUUUUAUCAUCCUCCGAGUAUUAUUCGACAACGGGCUUCACAGCAAACACCGGAAGGCAUCGAAUAUCGGUUUUGCAUUGACUAUCAGAAUCGUGGCUGCCAUCGCGAUAAUUGCCGCUAUAUUCAUGCGCAUCGGGAGGAUGUCGACCGUUACAAAAUGACAGGGGAGGUGACUCUUAAUUUAGCGCGCGAAAUUGCUGCGGUUUAUAAUUGCGACACUAUCAAUGCGAUACCAUUUUGUAAAGAAUAUCAAACAGGCUCAUGCUCACGCGGUGGACAGCGGUGCCGCUACUGGCAUAUUAACGUUGAGGAAGAGCGUGAGCGACGCCGCCGGAUACCACGCAGCAUGCCAGCUUCUGUAUUGUCACCCUUAGCGCGAGGAUCAAGCCUAGCAUUAUCUUACUUUGCUUACCCCAGUCGUCGUCCCCAUCCAUAUGGAAUUACUGAUGCAUAUGCUAAGCGUGCGCGUUACGACUUGGAUGAUGACUACAUGCGCGAUCUGGAACGUAGAAAUGCAGAGUUAAGUAAAGAAGUUGAGGGGCUUAAACGUGAGCUCACGCGUGAGCGUGAACGAUAUAGCGAUCUCUACGCGUUAUUUCGCCAACGUACUACCAUUACAACAGCACAACAAGAUCCCGCUAAUGCUAUUCCUGUCGCCACAGCGUAUUACCAAGUUGCAUCAUCAACAGGAUGGACAGAUACACAAUGGACUCAUUGA